GUUAAAUAGGGGCAUCCCACCAACAGCACCGCAGUAUUGACAAGAGCAUUAGAUCACUCAGUUGAAAUUCAUCUCCCCGAACAGAGAAAAUUCCGUUGAAGUAAGGUGUUGGAAUUAAUUCGUAGGGUUUUACGAAAGAUGAUCCUAGCCAACUAUUCAUAGUCACACAUGCAAAGUAUCAAACAUUCAAAGUUUGUGCCUGAAAAAUCUUUUUUGGCUAGCGCAAUCUUUCGUAAAACGCUAAAAAUUAAUUCUCACACCUAUUGGACCGGUGUUAUUUGAGCCUGGAUUCGUACUGGAUAGAAAUAGAGGCAGCUUUCGUGAGCUCUUCAAAUCGAUCUGGCAACACUUUAGCCAUAUGGACGGACUAAUGGCAAUCGCAAGCAACGAGAAAGAAGCGGAGAACGCAACCAGGGCGCAGAAGGGCAGGAAAUGUUUUUAUUUGCGGAAGAUGAUAGUUGAUUAUAUAGACACCUCUGUUCGCGUUCUUGCCACCGUGUUCUUUGCUGACCUACUCCUGCGUAUUUACCGCUGCGUCCUCGAAUAUUGGUGCAAUGGCCGGUACUAUCUGCCCCAGGAUCGGUUGUGGGUGAUUCUGCGGCGAUCGUGCACGUACAACAGCAGAUCGAUCUACCUGCUGGUGGGAUUGCUUCUCGUGGCAUUUUUUCGGAUUUCUGUUACCGGAAAUUACAGGGACGUAGUGCCCACGGCGUUGUUUCUGGCCUACAUGCCGCUCUACUGGAUCUGGAGCUUUAGCGACCUGGGUCAGAGCACGCUGAGCUACUCCCACUGGAUACGGGACUCCCAUGGACUAGACUAUGCGGCCGGAAUGGCCUCCAACUACUUUCACGGCUACCUCAAACUGUCUCUGCCCGAGCGCGAGAACGAUGGGCUCAAACACCGAAUGGCCGUGUACGAGGAUACGAAUAACAUUACCUUUGGCAUUAACCGACUGGUUAUCCUCAUUCCCGACGAAAUGUUCGUCAACGGCGUACUCGAAAGCAAAUUACUUGACAAAGCCGAGCCCCUGGAGACACAGUUCAUCAAUCGAGCCGGUGUCUAUCGUCCUUUCAAGCAUGCUGUCUACAGAAUGAACAAAAAGGUCAAUGGCAAGAUCUACUAUUUUGCUGUCGAGGGUGCCACACCCAUGCUAUCCUUCUUUGAUUCUAUGGAAUCCAACUUGUCAGCCACCUGGCAGAUGCAGGAACUGAAGCGGGAGAUCUGGCUCAAGUUUUAUAAGCACCUGAAGGAGCUCAUUACUACAUGGCCGGAGACCCGAGACCUGGUGGAGCCCAUUAUCUAUAAUUCCCAUGAUAGCAAGGGGAACCGUGUGGAUGUUGGCGAAUUGCUUUUAGCUCAUAUGCAAUACAAAACCAAAUCUAUUGACGAAAUUUCCAACUAGAAAUAAAUAUAUGUUACGAUUUUUUAACUUUUUUUAU